AUCAGCCGCCCGAGAGAGAAGUCGUGUCGGUUCUAGUCGUUAUUAAACGCAUUUAAUAUUUACACUCGGAGAAAUAAAGUCUUACUGGCUCCUGAAUUAUCAUCUUUAACUGUUCUUUGAAGCGUCUCUGGUUUAUAAGGCAAUAAAGUCAAAUGAGGAUCCGAGUAACUUACUCCCAAAGUCUCAACAAAUACAUGAAACAAUCAUGGCAUCACCGCAGAUGAAGGAGCGUCCAUCGGGUGUUGUGUUAAACACUAUAUCAAAAGGAGCGUCUCCAGAAUCCAAGUGCCCGAUAUGUCUGGAUCACUACAAAAACAUAUCGUACCUUGAUGUGUGUCUGCAUAAGUUCUGCUUCUGCUGCAUCCGCGAGUGGUCGAAGAACAAAGCCGAGUGCCCUUUAUGCAAGCAGCCGUUUAAUUCAAUUUAUCACACCAUAAAGUCCGAAGAUAACUACCAGAAGUUCGACCUGCGACCAACCGAAAAUGGCUCGUUUGGGAACAUGGCAGGCCAGAGAUUCCGGUAUCGCACCACGCUCACCGGCGAGCGCAGACCAGCGCCGAGGAGAACCUCGUCCCCUCCUGACCACGGGGUCUUAUUCGAGGGCCUGAGAGGGUCUGUUCCUCAGCGGCACAAUAGAGAUCUCCACAGCAUGUUGAGGAGGUUAGCAGAGGAGAGACAGCGGAGAGAGAGAGAGGGAAGGUCUCUGCGAAGUCUUCAGGAACAGCAAGCGGUUAAAUUCAGACGGGCUUUGUACAGGAGAGGCGUGCGAGUCCAGAACGUGGAGGACGGCGGACGCAGCAGGGAGACUUCUGCAGAGUUCUUCAGGAGAAAUCCUGCUUGUCUCCACAGGCUUGUGCCUUGGGUGAAACGAGAGCUGACUGUCCUGUACGGUUCUCACGGGUCGCUAGCAAACAUAGUGCAGCACAUCAUCAUGACUCUGAUCACUCGGCAUAACUUGGACGAGCAGCCUGUUCUGCAUGAGCUCCGGCCCUUCCUGUUAACCCAUACAGAGCACUUCCUGCACGAGUUCCUUAGCUUCGCUCGGUCCCCGUUCAACAUGGAGGCGUAUGACCAGCGCGCCGUUUACGACUUGCCUCAGGCCUCCGGCGAGAUCAGCCGCUCGGAAACCUCUGUGAUCUCGAUCUCUGAGGACGAGAGCGAUGCAUUAGUGUCAGGGUCCCAGGAUUAUGGCACUCCUAGUGUGACCUUAAGCCAAGCCCCGUGGGAUGAUGAGACCCCAGGGCCAUCCUACUCCUCAGAGACCUCUCAGGUGCUGCCUUUCCAUGUGAGGGACUCGGAUUCUGAUAGUAGCGUAGGGGAAGCAGUAGAGUCUGUUACUGCUGUGCCACAUCAGGACCGUCUGGGAGAUCCUGGCACUUUAGAAGAGGAGCCUUCCUCUGGCAGUGAUGAAGACUGUGUGAUUGUUGGAUAUGUUAAGCCAGCUUUAGAAAGGACACCGGAACUGGUCCUGCUUUCCUCUGAUUCAGAACCAUCUGAGCAGAACGCUGAGCCACAGAGCCCUGAUCUGACUCCCGCUGACACUCAGAGGAACACCUCGUCUCGCUCCAGAGAAGAUAAAUCUGGUGAAAGGCAUCAUGAGAGACAGCUGUCGGGAUCUAGAAAUCGAUCGUCACGCAGCACUAGGACUCACUCCUCCUCUCAUGGCAGGGAACACCAAUUGUCUAAAAAGAGCAAGCAUAAGCGGAGACGAGAAAAUGAGUCAAGUUUCCACUCCUCGUAUAGCCAUUACAGUCAAAGAGACCGCAGCGGGAGAUGCUACACAGAGACAUGCUCAUCCUACACCAGCCAUUACAGAAGUGUACAUCGCUCUCGUUCUCAAUCGCAUCGUAAAAGACGAAGCAGGGACCGUCAGGAAAGAAGACGCUCGAGGAGUAAUUCUAGAAUCAACUCUUCCAACCGUCAGGACAGAAGUAAUUCUAGGAGUAAUUCUAGAAUCAACUCUUCCAACCGUCACUCAAGGAGUAAUUCUAGAAUGAACUCUUCCAACCGUCAGGACAGAAGUAAUUCUAUGAGUAAUUCUAGAAUCAACUCUUCCAACCGUCGCUCGAGGAGCAAUUCUAGAAUCAACUCUUCCAACCGUCAGGACAGAAGUAAUUCUAGGAGUAAUUCUAGAAUCAACUCUUCCAACCGUCACUCAAGGAGUAAUUCUAGAAUCAACUCUUCCAACCGUCAGGACAGAAGUAAUUCUAUGAGUAAUUCUAGAAUCAACUCUUCCAACCGUCAGGACAGGAGUAAUUCUAGAAUCAACUCUUCCAACCGUCGCUCGAGGAGCAAUUCUAGAAUCAACUCUUCCAACCGUCAGGACAGAAGUAAUUCUAGGAGUAAUUCUAGAAUCAACUCUUCCAACCGUCACUCAAGGAGUAAUUCUAGAAUCAACUCUUCCAACCGUCAGGACAGAAGUAAUUCUAGGAGUAAUUCUAGAAUCAACUCUUCCAACCGUCAGGACAGAAGUAAUUCUAGGAGUAAUUCUAGAAUCAACUCUUCCAACCGUCAGGACAGAAGUAAUUCUAGGAGUAAUUCUAGAAUCAACUCUUCCAACCGUCAGGACAGAAGUAAUUCUAGGAGUAAUUCUAGAAUCAACUCUUCCAACCGUCAGGACAGAAGUAAUUCUAGGAGUAAUUCUAGAAUCAACUCUACCAACCGUCACUCGAGGAGUAAUUCUAGAAUCAACUCCAGCUCACAUCAGACAUCACAUCAUGAUGAUCAUGGAAGGAAAAAGAAAUACAAAAUGAAGCAUCAUGAGGAACCCUCAAGGAAAAGUUCUAGUCAAUUGGUCACCGAUUCUAUUGAUGAUGGCGCAAAAAAGAAAACCAAGAAGCACAAAAAGUUCAAGAGGAAAAGUAGGAGUCCAAGCAUAGAUGACAGAUCUGAGGGUCACGGUCGGAAACAUCACAAGAAGAAGAAGAAUAAGAAGAAAAACAAGAGGAAGAGCAGGAAACUCAGUGGUGAGAAGAGGUUGGGAAAAAACAGCCCAGUUUUCAUUACAAUUCCUAGUGACAGUGACGAAGCUGACCCCAGUGAACCCUCAGCCAGGAAUAUCAGUGCAGCUGACUCCACAGUCACGAUCGCACACAGAGCCACAGACUCUCAGCCGCUAGACGUGGAGCAAGACUCAGCUGCUGGAGCUGAAUGGAGUUCUGUGUGUGAUGCAGGGAAUCGUCCCCCAGACAGAUUAAUGCCAGUGUGAUUCUGAGUUUAUCUCAAUUUGUGGCAAAUCAAGACAGAGACUACUGUAAUGCCCACAUGUGUUUCCAGUGUUUUAUAAAUGGAGAAGAGAUUUUUAAAUGUGAUUUUGAUUUGGAGUUCAAACUUUUGUAUUCGAUAUAUUUGCAUUUGUGAUUUUGGAAAUGUAUUAAUUUCAAACUCCCCUAUGCAAGCAAAUUAACAGUCACUA